UAGUUGACCAGACAAGGCAAUGUGGGGAUGCAUGGCCCAGAAGAUGGAGAAAUUAGACAAAAGGGAUGGUGUGGCCCUAGUCAGGGUAGUGCCAGUAGUUUGUAUCCACCAGGAAGACAAUGGGGAUUAUUCCACCCGGUAAGCACUGUGUUGAUGGACUUGUAGAGAUUCACAAGAAGACCAAUUAGAUGUGGCGUUGGUGGCUUAAGUCGGAUUCACGGAACGCCUACCUACAGCAUACUUGUCCGUACAGACCGAAUAGUCUACCAUGGGAGACUUGCAGCUGCCCUGCAGACUGUGCAGCAGAGAGAAAGACUAGGGCCGCGUCAUCCAGCCCCUGGGUGUACCCUGGGUUGGUACCAAUCCCCUGGUACGGUCAGAAUCUUCCGAUACCGGUAUCAACUAGUUCGCUUACUCUGGCCCUAAGUGGGGCUGUAGCCGGUGGAUCGACGCCCCUCGGCUUUAUCGCCCGAUGGGACAACGAUGAAGCAGCAUGCCAAGCAUAACCCAGUUUAUCCAUCUCCAGGCAUAGACUGUACCCUUGUCCAUGACAGAGAUCUUCAUUCACCAACGGUCAGUUCCGCUGUCAUUCAAUCCAAUGUGUCGA